UCUUAGUUUUAUAAGAACAUUAUUACGGGUAGGUUUGACUUGAGAUUUGGCAUGAAUGGAACUUGGUGUGUGUAACAUAUUUUACCUUAUCAUGAUAUUUUAAAUAUGAUUUUAACUUUUAAAGGUUUUACAUGAAUUUGAGGUUUGCUCCAUUUAAUUAAUUAAAAAGAUAUCAUUUUUAAACUAAAUUUCAUAAAAUAAUUUUGCAAAAACCUGCAACCAAACAACUCUUUACAAUUUUCUAAUUUUGAGUUCCUCCAAAAACUGUUGCCCUUAUAUUUCAUGUUCAAUUUGGUGGGUAUUAUGUGAAUCGACCCUCCGGAACGAGAAAUUAGUAUCAACUGUUAGUAACAUCAUCUUUCGGUUCUUCUAAAUCUCUUCUUCGCUGAUCGACGAAUCAAAGCUUCAAUGGAAGUCGCCGGCGAGCCCAUCAGAGUCCAAUCCCUAUCAAAAAACAACACACUCCCACCCCAGUACAUACAACCACCGGAAAACCGACCCACCACCACCACCGCCGUCGCCGCCGCUAAAUCUAUCCCAGUAGUCGAUCUCUCGGCCGACAACGUCCGAGAAGAACUGGGUCGGGUCUGCAGAGACUGGGGCGCGUUCCACGUCACCAACCAUGAUGUUCCGAUUCGAGUGCUCGAAGACAUGAGAGGCGUGGGUCGAUCCUUCUUCGAAGAUUCUUCCAUGCCGAAGAAGCUCGGGUACGCUUGCGACCCCAAUUCGCCGGCUUCCGAGGGAUACGGCAGUCGAAUGUUGGUCGCCUCCAACGACACCGUUUUGGACUGGAGGGACUACUUUGAUCAUCACACCUUGCCGGUCUCUCGCCGCAAUCCCUCUCGUUGGCCUCAUUCUCCGUCUAAUUACAGGGAUGUUGUGGUGGAGUAUAGCGAUCACAUGAAGGUCCUUGCGCAGAAGCUGUUGGGUUUAAUAUCUGAGAGUCUGGGCCUGCCACCAUUAUGCAUUGAAGAGGUAGUUGGGGAGUUCUACCAGAAUAUCACGAUCAGUUAUUAUCCACCAUGUCCACAGCCGGAGCUCACCCUUGGUCUCCAAUCUCACUCUGACAUGGGUGCUAUUACGCUUCUUAUCCAAGACGAUGUUGAGGGUCUUCAGGUUUUCAAGGAUGGUGAAUGGGUAAAUGUACAUCCUUUAUCUAAUGCCAUCGUCGUCAUUUUGGCUGACCAGACUGAGAUUAUUACCAAUGGCAAGUAUAUAAGUGCUCAACAUCGAGCCAUAACUAAUGGUAACAAGGCGCGGCUAUCAAUCGCCACAUUUCACGACCCUGCAAAGACAGUGAAAAUAUCUCCAGCUCGUGAGCUUGUCAGUGACGAUUCUCCCCUCCGGUAUCAGCAAGUUAUCUAUGGGGACUACGUUUCAUCAUGGUAUACAGAAGGCCCCGAAGGAAAACGGAAUAUUGAUGCCCUCCUAUUAUAAUCAAAUGAUGGUGUUUUGCCUUUGUAAUGGCAUUCUUGUGGGCAAUGGAAGCAUAGGAACUCAUCAAUGUCUCCAUAAGUGGAUAAAAUUCUUGCACAUGUAGUACUAUUUAAUUUAUUUUAUCUUCAUAUUUAUAAAAUUAAUGUUUCUAGCAGUCUCACAUAGGAUUAGUUUAUUCGCGAUCAUGGCAUAAAAUAACACUAGAUUUUGAUUGCUCAACUAAUGUUGAGCAAUUAAGUGCUCAUGAAUAACCAUUGUUGUCUUCUGAUGUGCCCAUCCUUCUUGGGGGCAAUCAAAACAAUGCCAUUGAUGAUUAUACAUGUGGUUGAGUGUGUGUGUGUGUGUGUGAAACAGAGUCAAUUUUCAUCGAGUUUGGUGAUGUGAAAGACUGUUAUGGUAACUCUAAUUAAGGUCUGUACUGGGAAAGAUUUUCACGUCUCUCUUUUGUAGCCAAAUGAUGUAAUAUUAUAUGCUUUUUCAUAUGAGAUGGAGUUCCUUUGUACUACUA